AUGUUGCAACCAGACUCGUCAGGGCCGGUGGACCCGGAGGACCGCAAAAUCAUCGAACAACUUGCGAAAUUGCAAGACAUGUACACCCAAAUUGGUGACCUUCGGUCUUUACUGCCCGAGAAGCUGAUCAAUCCAGCCCGUGUCGCUCUGGAUAACCCUGGUGACUACGAGCCUGAAAGGCUCGCCGCCUAUUUGCAGACUGCAGCACUGGCUGGCAGUCGGGACCUCGAGAGAUUCAAGAAAGACUGGCAUAGUGACGACGUGCGCGAGCUCUGGCAGACGGUCAAUGCCAAUGACUCGCCCCAGGGUGGAGACGCGUGGGCAUUCGACUAUGCCAGUCUUCUCCGGGACGCUGCCGCAAAUGAGGAGACAUCCAUUUCUACUCACAAAGAGGCUAUCCAUGACUUUCAACCCCAAUCUGAUGCCGAAAUUGCGAAGACUGUGGACGACUUUCGCGCAAGGCACCCGGAGUUGAAGAUAGACGUGUCCGAGGAAGCAUCCCUCUUGCCAAUCGACAUCGGUGUCUCCCGUUUUGACUUUCGAGUUGAGAAGAAACAGUCUUCAGGCGUUACAACAUACGACGUCAUUGACAAGUCUGGCGCAGCAGCAUCUGGUGUAUACGACAUGGGCGCUGACGUUCUUCAAAGCAUUCGAGAGUCGAAAGAGAGAGACCGGCUCGAAACCCUCCUUGAGAUGAUUUAUUCGUACCACGACAUAACGGCGAGACCCUGCGAUAAGUGCGGGAAACUUUUCGACACCAAAAAGCUGAAACUGCCCGUGAUUCGACAGGUGAACCCCUUGACACAGGGAGAGCAGCACCCUCAGUUUUUGGCGCUCCAUCGGGUUUGCGUGUGA